AUGGCGGUGCAUGACGCACUUGGUUCAUAUAUUGGACACGUUCUAAGAUUCCCAGAUCAUGCGUCUCUUAAAUACAACAAUGGUAAGCAACAGAAUUCUUUUGUGUUGCAAAUAUCAGAGAUGUGUGACACCGAGUACAAGAGUUUCUACUUAUGGCUGGCAGAAUUCAUAGGCUUCUUAGGCCUACUUGCACUGUGCCUGUGGCUAGCCUUACGACCCAAAGAGCCAACAUGCAGCGUCACCUUCGUAACCAUAGAACAGCCCUCCGAUCAAAACGGGACCAUCUUUUACUCUCUUGAAUUCGAGAACCAAAACAAGGACUCUAACAUCUACUAUGAUGACUCAACUUUCCUUUUCUUGUAUGGGCAGCGUCAAGACAAGGUGGCAGAGACAACCUUAAAAUCAUUUCAUCAAGGGACUAGUAGCAAGCGCGAGGAAUCUGGCACUGUCCACGCUAAAUCUGAACUACUGAAAACUCUGCUCUCCAAUGCAAUAAAAAAUGCCACCAGUGAGUUAAAGGUGGCUUUAAGGACGAGGUUUCACUACAAGACAUGGGGAAUCAAGAGCAAGUUUCAUGGGUUAAACCUGGCUACUAAUCUACCAAUAGGUGGUGAUGGGAAGCUUAAGUUUUCGGAGAAGAAAAACAAGUACAAACUCAAACAGUGUGGUACCAAGAAAUUGGUCAGGUCGGUAAAGCACUGAUCUCAUUCCCUCCAUUUCUUUCUCUUGGUUCAA